CCUUCUUGAUAAUGGUACAGCCCUUUGUGCUCUUUGACCUCUGUGCCUGCGUGUGGUAUCGUGUGUCAGGUCCAACAGCUCACACCGGCAGGACAAAAUGCUGAAUACGGGGAAACUAGCGGGUCGUACCAUCUUCAUCUCAGGGGCGAGCAGGGGGAUAGGGAAAGCCAUCGCCCUGAAGUGUGCUCGAGACGGAGCCAACGUUGUCAUCGCAGCCAAGACAGCAGAACCCCACCCCAAACUCCCCGGCACCAUCUACACAGCAGCUGAAGAAAUUGAGGCAGCGGGAGGAAAAUGUCUUCCAUGUAUCGUGGACAUCCGGUUUGAGGACCAGGUGCAGUCAGCAGUAGAGCAGGCUGUGCAGAAGUUUGGAGGGAUCGACGUGCUGGUGAACAAUGCCAGCGCCAUCAGUCUGACUGGGACUCUGGAGACUCCCAUGAAGAGAUACGACCUCAUGAACGGAAUCAACGCAAGGGGAACGUAUCUUGUUUCCCAGAAGUGCCUUCCGUACCUGAAGGGUGGAAAGAACCCUCACAUCUUGAAUAUCAGUCCUCCCCUCAACAUGCAGCCGCACUGGUUCAAGGGGCAUGUCGCCUACACCAUGGCCAAAUAUGGCAUGUCCAUGUGUGUGCUGGGCAUGGCAGAGGAGUUUAGGCAUGAUGGGAUAGCAGUGAAUGCCCUCUGGCCUCAGACUGCCAUCUCCACAGCUGCCAUGGACAUGCUGGCCGGGGUUGAUGCGCAGAAACAGUGCCGUAAGCCCGACAUCAUGGCAGACGCUGCGUACGUGGUUCUAACGCGGGACAGCAAGUCUUACACCGGGAACUUUGCUAUUGAUGAGGAUGUUCUGAAGGAGGAGGGAGUACAGGACAUGGACCAGUACGCCUGUGUGCCUGGCCACCCCCUGAUGCCAGACUUCUUCCUGGACAUCACUGCUGAGGAGUUAAACAAGGGGCUUCCCCAGGCCACGGCGGCCGGCGGCGCGUCUCAAGGCACGGCGGGAGGGCCGGCCAAGACGUUUGAGGUCAUCAACUCGCUGGUGUCUGAGGAGAUCCUCAACUCUGUGAAGGGAGUCUUCCAGUUCAACCUCACAGGUGCGGAUGAAGGCACCUGGCACCUGGACUUAAAGAACGCUCCGGGAGGUGGCGGGGCAGGCGAGGUGUCGUCAGGGAAACCGGACGUCCUGAUGACGAUGGAUUCGGAGGACUUUGUGAAGAUGUUUGCGGGAGAAAUGCAGCCGACCCAGGCCUUCAUGUCCGGGAAACUCCGGAUCAAGGGCGACCUGGCCAUGGCUAUCAAACUAGAGAAGCUCAUGGGGCAACUGAAGUCCAAGUUGUAGUAGGGAAGUUUAAACCAGCUGUAUAUCUAGCGCUACAAUGUAUCCACCUAAUGAUACCGGGUGGCAUGUUGCUACAAUGUAUCCGCCUGAUGAUACCGAGUGGCAUAUUGCUACACUGUAUCCGCCUGAUGAUACUGUGUGGCAUGUUGCUACAAUGUAUCCGCCUGAUGAUACCGAGUGGCAUAUUGCUACACUGUAUCCACUGAGUUGUAUUUUGAAUUGAGAAACUCAUGGGGCAGAUGAAGUCCAAGUUGUAGUAGGGAAGUUUAAACUGGCUGUAUAUGUAGCGCUA